GCUAACUGAAAGAGGUUACAAACUCCUAAGGUCACAUGGUCGCAUCGUUAUACGUUGAAUGUGCAGGUAUACAAAUGUUUUUCGUUCGUAAUAUAGAAAUCUCUUGUAAUUUGAUUUAAAAAACAAUGAAUUUGCCAACUGUAGCAAAGAUAGGAAUAGGAUGGUAGGACUGUAACUGCUGCUGCAGGAAUAUAUUGUUUUGUACUUUCCAAGAGAAAUAUUGAUGCAAAAAGAUAUGAAAAUAUGAAGACGAGACAACGUAUUCGUGAUGCUACUAUUGUGGAAUAAAAUAUCUGUCUGAAGACUUUAAUAUUCUAAAAUAAUAAGCAAUUAGACUAAAACAUGGCUGGGGUACCUCAACUUGGUGAAGAUCAAAUAAAAUUAGUAGAGAAUCUAGAAAUAGAAAUGAUGUCUGAUAUGUAUAAUCGUAUGACAUCUGCAUGUCAUAGAAAAUGUAUUCCACCAAAGUACAUCGAAGCAGAAUUAACUAAGGGGGAAUCAAUAUGCCUUGAUCGUUGUAUCGCAAAAUAUCUGAGUGUCCAUGAGCGUAUUGGGAAGAAGCUCACCCAAAUUUCUAUGCAAGAAGAUAGCUUUUUAAAAGCCAAAGUUGCAGAACAACAAAAAUGAAGUAUCAUUUUGUUAAGAAAAAAGUUAAUAUAAAUUUCAUCCUUGUGCAUUUAAUAGUUUUUUUUCUUCAGGCAAUUUAUAAUCACGAAAGAAAUUAUUAGCAAUUUGAUGCCAUUAUAAAUGUUAUUAUCUUAGUCAUAAAUUAUUUCUGUAGUUUAUAUGAAUUAGAAUAAAUUGUAAUAAAAUUAUUCUGUAUUUAGCUGUAUAGUUAUAAAUAAAAUGUUUUUUUAAGCAUUA